AUGUUGUAUGGUAAGAUGUUGUAUGCCCUGAUUGACAAAGAUGCAGAGGGAAGAGCUCAGAUAGAAUAUAAACCUGCAAAACAAAUACAUUGGGACGGCUCAAACGCCCAUGUUAUAGCUCAACCGAAAUCUGACCUUGACAUUGAGGUCAAGGUCGAUGCAUGUUUGGAGCUGAUUGAUUAUCUGAAAUCAGAGAAGCCUCCUUCUGGUGUUGUAUUGAAUAAAACUAAAAUCUCCUUAUCUCCAACAAAAGAGUAUAGAUUAGGGCACGAGUUUGAGCGGACAAAGGAAAUACUUGGAAAAGGGAACUCUGCAGGGGAUAUUGUAGUAGUUAAAGAUAAAAAGACAGGCCAGGAACAUGCAUAUAAAACAAUGAUGAUCUCAUACUUUCGUAAAGAGGAGGUGAAAUGUUGGGUGGAUAUGUCAGAUUCGGGUUGUGUCCCUGCACUGUACCUCUUCAAAAUAGAAAACAACAAAGUGUCUAUACAUAUGGAGAUUUUGAAAAAUGCUAAAACUUUACGCAGUAUUAUAGACGAGCACAUGGCAGGAUUUUACGAGAAUGCAGAGAAUAGAUCUCUUGUAAAGCCGUUUUCAUUGUACGUCUUAGAUGGGGCUCUUGAAGCUGUCACACAGCUGCAUAACAAGGGAUGGGUUCAUCAUGAUUUACAUGGUGGUAAUGUUAUGGUUCAGAAAACAGGAGAGGAGAAACUUGGAGUUAAAGUUUUGGAUUUCGGCUUGGCUCGUAAAUUGGAAGACUACAAUGGUUUAAAUUAUAGAGGAUUUCAUGCGGAUAUUGGGGAGAUUGUCCGUCUGUUUAGCGCUUUAUACACUGGAGGGCUAGAAUUUGAUAAUGUGCUUGAUCUUCGUAAAAAUUGGAAAGACAAAUUGACGGAGGUUACAGAAAUGAUGAAAAUGAAUGUUGAUGACAGGAAGGAACUAUUUUGUCUCGUGGAUGCUGCUCUGAAAGUAGUCCAUCCAAAUCAAGUGGAAGAAUAUAGACAACAAGUGAAGACAGAACUUGGAAAAGCCAUGGGGCAGUCAGAGAAAGAGAUAAUGAGGAAAGUUGUUGCCAUUCUGUUUCCAGAAGACUUUCAACCUAUACAUCAGGAUAUCGAAGAUUCAGCAGACGCAAUGGGAGAUUUUGAUGUUGCUGAUAGUAUAUUCCUGAGCAAUCACCAUGACUACAUGGAUCACCAAGGAGACAAUCAUGACCUUGACCUUGAGUGGACGGCCAAUCAGGUGACAGAUGAGUACUUGGAAAUGGUUAGAAUGACCUUGGGGAUUGACCUUCAUUAAAAUUUGGAAGAAAACAGGGUGAAUCAGGGUAGUAAAACAAACAUUGUAAGGGAUGAUGUUAUUGUUUGUUUGUUGUUUUUAAAGAACUUUCCUUUGGAAAUAAGUUUUGCUGUCUUUAACAAAUGAGCUUUUAAGAUAUGUUAGUAACAUUUCAUUAUUCUUUCAUUACAUUGAACUGUUCUCAAUGUAUUAAUGAUUUGAUGGGAUUGUUUUUAUGUUAUGAAGUUAAAAUAUUGACAUGAUUUAUACAUUGAAGUUAAGUGUUUUAUUAGGCAUUAUUUUGUAGACAUGAAUUUAUUUGAAAAAAUAUAGAAUGCCUCUUUAAUAUCCCUUUCAAACGGGAGCUUGUUGUAAAUAGAGGUCAUUUGAUAUUUUGAGACGUUUUAAAUUUUAGAAAAAAAAACUUAUGUUUAAUAUAAAUCUUGGGUACA